UUUGAAUUUUAUUGGACCAUUUGUUUUGGUGAGAACAUUUCCGAUCAAUAACAGAAUCAAUCAGCCUCCAUCUGAGUCAUGUUUUCACCGUGGAUUAAAUAUCAUUUAUAGAGUAUGGUUACUUAUUUCAACAACCGUGGAGGUGAUAUGCUUUUAUUUUGGCAGGUUUUGUGUGACCGUAGCUAUAGUAACGGAACCGCAGCUCAUCCGGGACAAGCAGCUGAGUUGAGUUUGUUUCUGGGUUAAUCUGAUUGUUAUAACUGAUAAUGUAACGUCUCAACGGAGCCUGAAAAUGGGUCAGUAAUUGUUGUUGGUUCUGAUCUAGCUGUUGACAAAUGAUACGGAUGGCUUUAAUAAAUAAUUUAACCGUCAGCUGGCCUGAAAACGGACUUCUACAGUGAGAAAAACCUCGAAACCUCGCGAGAAGAUUCGUGUUUUCAGCUAUAGUUCCCUCCUGUGCCGCUGGGGGCAGCAAAUCCGACCCUCCGCUUUUACCGCAGCAGAAGAAGAAGCCCAGCUAAACAUCCCGCUGAACCGUUAGUCCAGAUCUGCUCUGACUGAAACCGAACCGAGCCGAGCCGAACAUGAACGAGUCUGAUGGAGUCCGCUUCCGGCGGCUGCACCGAGCUCACGUGAUCACAGAGGAGCUUCCUGAGCGGAGACACAAAGGAGGCAGCUCCUACAGUGGGAAGGUGUUCCGGGUCACUCUCCUGUCUCUGGGCGUUUUCCUGAUUCUUCCUCUUCUCAUCAUCUUCCUCAUCCUGGAGUCUCCCAUCCAGCCAGAGGCCUUCAGCUUGAAGGAGCCGCCCCAGAUGAAGGGCUGCUGGGAGCCCAACCUGCGGCUCCGGGAGGCCCGGCGGCUCUACGAGGACCAGCUUCUGGGUCCAGAGUCCAUCGUCAACAUGGGGGACGUUUUCUUCACUGGAACAGCUGAUGGCAAAAUCCUCAAGCUGAUUGGACGAAGAAUCGUUACCUUGGCAACGCUUGGCAAACCGCCGUGUGGCACCAGGGAGGAUGAGCCCACCUGCGGGCGGCCCCUGGGCAUCAGGGCGGGGCCUAAUGGGACGUUGUUCGUAGCCGACGCCUACCUAGGCGUGUUUGAGGUCGACCCUGCCACAGGUGCGGUGACCCGGCUGGUGGCGGGGGGGCAAGAGGUCGGCGGCAGGAAGCUGUCGUUCAUCAACGACGUGGCGGUGACGCAGGACGGCAGGAAGCUGUACUUCACCGAUUCCAGCAGCAGGUGGCAGCGCCGGGACUACCUGCUCCUCAUCAUGGAGGCCACGGCGGAUGGAAGAGUGCUGGAAUACGACACAGAGACGCGGGAACUAACUGUCGUCAUGGAGAACCUGCGCUUCCCCAACGGCAUCCAGCUGCUGCCGGACCAGGAGUCGGUUCUGGUGGCUGAGACCACCAUGGCCCGGAUCCGCAGGGUCCAUGUGGCGGGCCUCAACAAGGGGGGCAUGGACACGUUUGUGGACAACCUGCCUGGUUUCCCGGACAACAUCCGGCCCAGUUCCUCUGGAGGAUACUGGGUCUCCAUGGCGGCGGUCCGGCCCAACCCCGGCUUCUCCAUGUUGGACUUCCUGUCCCAGAGACCCUGGAUAAAGAAGCUCAUCUUCAAGCUGUUCAGCCAGGACGUCCUCAUCAAGGCCGUCCCUCGCUACAGCCUGGUGGCGGAGAUCCAAGAUGGCGGCGUGUGUAGGCGGAGCUUCCACGACCCCAACGGCCUGGUGGCCGCCUACGUCAGCGAGGCCCACGAGCAUCAUGGGAAACUCUACAUCGGAUCCUUCCGCUCGCCAUACAUCGCCGUGUUGGACCUGCAGGGACUGUAGAAGUGGGCCGGGUCCGGCCUCCCUCCCUGCUGGUUCUGAUGACCCGGUCCUGUUUGGAUCAGAACUUGGGGACUUUAAAAGCAGUUGUUGGAAGCUGAGGGGUCCAGUUGGGCCCAGUUCUGGUUCUGUUAUUUCAUGUCAGACUGAAUGUUCUUGUGUCGCCUCCCCUACUGCUCUGCUUCCACCCGGAACCAGGACCAGAACCGGGUCCAGGAUGUCCUCAUAAGGCUGUCCUGGACCAGAACCUGGACCGAACCCGUCCUUAUGAAGGCCGUCCCGGUCCUGGUUUCGAUUAAAAAAAUUGUGAAAAAGUGAAAUCAGGCGAGUUAAUCGUGAU